UGGUGUGCAGAGCUGCUUGGCUCUGGUCAAGGAGAGAAGGCUGGCUGGGAGUGUGUUGGGAAGUCUUGAAUGCCAGUCAGAGACAUCUGCACUGCUAGCUGGAGGAGAGGGGAAAGAAGGGGACAGGCCCUGACUUUCCUGACCAGAAAUGAAAUCCUGUGCAUCCAUGACACCUUCCUGAAGCUCUGCCCUGUGGGAAAGUGCUACAAGGAGGCCACGCUGACCAUGGAGCAGAUCAGCUCCCUGCCAGCCUUGAGGGUCAACCCUUUCAGAGACCGCAUCUGCAAAGUCUUCUCCCACAACAACGUCUUCUCUUUUGAGGAUGUGCUAGGCAUGGCGUCUGUGUUCAGUGAGCAGGCCUGCCCCAGCCUGAAGAUUGAGUACGCCUUCCGCAUUUAUGAUUUCAAUGAGAAUGGCUUCAUCGAUGAGGAGGACCUACAGAAGAUCGUGCUCCGACUGCUGGACAGUGACGACGUGCCUGAGGACCUCAUGAUGGACCUCAUACACCACGUCCUGAGUGAGUCAGAUCUGGACAACGACAACAUGCUCUCCUUCUCAGAGUUUGAACACGCCAUGGCAAAGUCUCCAGAUUUCAUGACCUCCUUUCGGAUUCACUUCUGGGGAUGCUGACAUGAAGAGGGAGACCGCUGGAACACUCAAAGCAUCCGGUUUGGAGUGUGACUUUGCCCUGUCCCUUCUCCUUUAAAAUAUUGUUUACUAAAAGA